AAACAUCGUUGAAUGUAAACGCUGACUUACAUCCUACCCUAAUUAUCAUUUCUUUGAAUUGUCUCAGUUUUUGUACGUUUUCGUUAUAAAAAAUUUAAUUAAAACGCAAACAUUCUUUACAAAAAUUUUCACAUUGAAUUUUUGCACUCUCCAUUGUUAUUUUCCUUUUAAUCAACGGUGUUUUUCAACACGACAAGAAAGCGUUUUUCUUAUGACGCUUUCUUGUCUUGUCGCUUUGAGGUCGGUGUGGGUAAGCCUUUAGGGCUAGACACUUAAGAAUUUUAACGCGAGAUUUUUUCGAUAUUGUGAGGUUCACAGAUUUAACCCGCGACUCAUUUUUAUACCUAGACGUUUCAUGCGAGACGUUUUUCGAUUUACAUAAUAGUAAAAGAAUAAGAAAUAUCGAAAAGAUGAAAAAACAAAUUGGCCUUGUCAGUCGCGGGUAAAAUCAGUGCGACUCACAAUAUCGAAAAAAGUCUCGCGUUAAGUAUUUAGUGUAAAAGAGAAUAUAUAAUGUUAGGUCUGUUUAAGUACUAAACAAACAACAAAUUUCAGCCCACAGUAAAAGCAGAAUAUCUACUCAAACAGAAAAUCUACCUCCAAAAGACAGCGGGUAAUAAUAAAUAUCCUGAGAAAAAUUGUUUCAUGUGUAGACGGGGUGUAAUGCAAAAAAACCGCGUUUUAUUUGAUCACAUUGAAAGCGUUGCUUUGCGUUGCAUUUAUGUUCGCUAUAUCAGUGUUACCUCUGUUAAGAAAAAAGUGUUAAAAUCAAACAGAAACUUAACAUUCGUGGAAAUAAUGAAUUAUUGAAUCCAAGUAAUUGUUUAAGUGACAAAAUGUUGCUAAGUAAACGGUAUUUAAAAAAAAAAAAAACAAUUCAUUUCGAUAAAACAUGUUCGUAAGUAUAAUGUUUGUUCGAAGUCCACUUUAAAUUAUAGAUAUAACUUCAUUGGCCACUUUUUGCAAAAAGUGCAAAAGUAAAAAUAUUUUUCUCUUACUAGCUCCACCCACCGUUUUUUCGCGUGCAAAAAGUGCAUAAAUUGCUUUAAAACUUAAAAUGAAAGGUUUUCAACACAUUUUUUAAGUUUUAAUAAGUUUCAUUAAAAUAAAUAUACAUAUAUUAAUUCCAAAGGUAUAUUUUAAGAAAAGUUUCAUUACAUUUUAAAAAUUUCUACACGGCAACACUUUUUUUCAAACUCAUCGGUCAUCGCAUCAAUUCUAUCGCACAUGCGCAGUAAGUGUGUGUGUCGAACGAAAACGGUAAAAUUGUUGCGUUGAGUUUUCAGUCUGGCUGGUUCUUGGAUAAAGUAAGGAAGCAAAAGCAAGUUAGUUCGUGUUGGAUACAUUUUGAUAUAAAGGUGGUGAGUACCUAUUUUAUUAUUUAAAGUUUGCAUAGUUAUUAUUUGUGUUUUUAUGAUCAAUAUAAGCAUAAUUACUGUCUAAAAACAUAAUUUUCUUAUGAUUACAGCCAAAGAUCAAUUUUAAAUCGAAGUCCACAUUAAAUUAAAUAUAUAUUAAUUCCAAAGGCUGGCUCUGGGAUAAAUUAAGGAAGCAAAAGCAAAUAACUUUGUAUUGGAUACAUUUUGAUUGUUGAGAAAAUGAUUCUUUUCAUUACUGCUGUAUAUAAAGGGUUAUCAUCAAUAAUAAAAGUCCAAGGACAAUCUAGUUUAUUAACAUACUUAGAGUUGGCCAAAGCUGUCAAAGAUCAAUUUAAAAUCAUCGGAAAUAUUAAAUUUUACGAUGCAAAAGCUAACGUUUUUAUUUGUGAUGAGGACGUAGUUGAGUAUGCAAUCCAGUUUAAAUCUUCUCCAAGCUGGACCUUAGGAGUGCUAGACGAUGGCGUUCUUGAAAUUCCAGGUUCCCAAGGAAGUUCCCUAUCAAUACGUGACAGUGAUACUACUGUAGCAAAUUCAUCUUCUAUAAGUGACAUUAGUGUAACACCAUCGCCACCACCGAAACAUCCUUCAGAAAUAAUACUUCAAGAAUAAGUGACGUGCAAGAAUACGUUAUAACUAAAAUCAAUGCUCAGGUAAAAACAUUGAAAUAACUAACUGAAUUUUUCAUUUUACAAAAUAUAUAGGGGCCCUUCUAUGUAACUCUGUUCUACUUUCGGAUCUGCUAAGAAUCUACUUUCGAUUUAACUUUUUGUCUGACUACAUAAAGUAUCUGAAUCUUGCGAAUAGAUAAUAUUAAAAAAUUUUACAUCACUAAAUUUAUUCAAUUUUCGUUUUCUACGGAAUCACGGAGAUACCAUUUUACAAAUUUGAACACUUAUUGUAGAAUCGAAUUACAUAGUUGGGCCCCCGGACAUAAAUACUUUAAAAAUAUUCUUUUUUAUUAAAAUACAUUCCAGUCCCACUACUUAAAUUCUUUAAAAUUAUACUUUUUAUUAAAAUACAUCCCGCCAUACGUUUUUUAAAGAGUUAAAAUUCUGUUCAGUAAUAAAUUUAAUUCAGUCUGUCUAAUUUUUUAUUAAAAUACAUCCCAAAUACAAGUCAAAAUUUAAAUUUAAUUAUACUUUACAUAUCGUCGGUUGACAACCAAAACUCAUUAUCUGCAAUGUAAUUUGUAUGCAGUUAACGAGUUUUGGUUGUCAACCAACGAUAUAUUCUUUUGCAUUUAUCUUUACCUUUUUGCGCUCUCUUAUUUUUGUGACUAAAACAGUACCUAAUAUCACUUUGACUUAGGUGCAUUUAACAUACAUAUAAUAAAUAUUUAAUGUGUAAAUAUUAAAAUUAAAUGAUAGUUUGUUACUAACUUGUUGAAAUGGUGUAUUGAGCUGUUGCAAGAAUUUUAAAAUUUUAGAAGUCAAAUUAAUUAUACAUAAUUAUCUCAAGCACAACUAAGCCCAAUCAAAUUAAUUAGGGAGCAGAAAGGAAACGACAAAUGCAGAAGUGCAGUCUCAGUAAAAAAAAAACCUUAUAUCCAGGAUAACAUUUCGAUCUAAAAAUUUUUAAAGCCUUUGAAGUUGAUUAAAUUGAUUCAUUAUAAUUUAAGUAGCGGUUUACAUAUCUGAUAAUAGUCGUAUGAACUAAUGUAUUUUAUAUUUUUUUUGUGUAGUAACUAAAGAAAAUUAUUCAGAAUUUAU